UGUGUGCGGUGGGCGGAACCGGCGGCGCAGGGAGUUUUCUAGAAGCGGGCGGAGGGAUCGAGCGGCCGGCGCGGGUCGUGGCCAUGGUGGAUUACAGCGUGUGGGACCACAUCGAGGUGUCGGACGAUGAGGACGAGACUCACCCCAACAUCGACACGGCCAGUCUGUUCCGAUGGAGGCACCAGGCUCGGGUCGAGCGGAUGGAGGAGACACAGAAAGAGCGUGAGGAGUAUGAGAAGGGCACUACCGAUGUUAAACGCAAACUCGGCGAGUGCCAGAAGAAGCUGAAUGAAUUGGUAGUGGCGGAAACUGACGAUGCAAAGAAAGAGAUUGAAAAAUUACAUGGUGAACUAAAACUGCUGAAAAGGGAAGAGAAGGAUUGGGAUAAGAAGGGGACACAGCUGAAGAAGAAGGAGAAGUCAACGCCUUGGAAUGUAGACACACUAAGUAAAGAGGGAUUCAGUAAGAGCAUUUUUAAUGUAAGUUCAGAAUCAAAUGACGCUGAAACAGACGAAGAUAAAGAAAAGAAACACAAGACCUUUGUGGAAAAGAAUGAGAAACAGGUCAAGCACUUUGGCAUGCUCAGUCGCUGGGAUGACAGCCAGAAAUAUCUGUCCGAUAAUCCCCACCUCGUGUGCGAGGAGACUGCCAAUUACCUGGUCAUCUGGUGCAUCGAUUUAGAAGUUGAAGAGAAACAUGCUCUAAUGGGGCAGGUAGCCCACCAAACAAUAGUAAUGCAGUUUAUCCUGGAACUUGCCAAGAGCCUUAAAGUGGACCCAAGAGCUUGUUUCCGACAGUUCUUCACAAAAAUCAAGACAGCUGAUAAACAGUACGUUGAGGCGUUUAACGAUGAACUUGAAGCCUUUAAGGAGCGGGUCAGAGGUCGGGCGCAAGCAAGGAUAGAAAAGGCAAUGAAAGAAUAUGAAGAGGAGGAACGGCAGAAGCGCAUUGGACCUGGUGGGCUCGACCCUGUGGAGGUGUAUGAAAAUCUUCCAAUAGAGAUGAAGAAUUGUUUUGAUGCAAAAGAUAUUCAGUUGUUACAGGAUGUCAUCAGCAAAAUUGACCCAACAGAAGCAAAGUACCACAUGCAGCGCUGCAUUGACUCUGGACUAUGGAUCCCUAAUGCAAAGGCAGCUGAGGAGGAAGGAGAGAAGAAUACUGGGGAAGAGGAUCCUGUAUAUGAAGAAGUUAAAAAGGAAGCCACUGAAGAAAAAUAGACCUGUUCUUGUUGUGUAACUGCUAGCUUUAAGUGCUGUGCUUAGAUACAAACUGCAUCCUUUUGACUAGCCCAUUGGGGUUGACAUAAAUUGAACAUCAGUCUAUUGAAUGAAAGCUGAAAGUCUGACACAUAAAAUGCUUUUUUGUAUUUUAAUAAAUAUACAAGUUUUGACAGCCUCUAGACUGCUUCACUGUUUGCAGUAACUCACUGGAUCCACUGGUCACUGCAAAACAAAAACUAAUGUCAGAGUGAGUCACUGUUUUUCAAUUGCUUCAUUAGCCAUUUCAGAUGGUGUUGAGCCAUGCAGACAAGAGGUGUGCCAAUUUUGACUCCUACACUGCCGAGUUACCCCAUUAGACCCUGCACUGAUGUCUUCAAGGCAUCUACUGAAGGAUUGGCUCACUGGAGAGUGAAUAGUAAUUGCCGUGAAACUAUGCCCCACAUAAAUUUAAUGUAGAGGGAAAGAUAGCACACAAACUCAUGGCUUGCUUAAACGCUAAAAGUGGACUUUAUGACAAAUGUCACCUAAUGGAGGUAAUAAUUUGGAAGGAAACAGAAAAGGCUGAAGGCUAAAAUUGGAGUAGGAAUGAUCCGACAAAAUCUUUUGUACUCUUAAAAACAAAAUGCGGAGUCCAUGCUCACAAAGUUAAAUGUAGUUCUGACCGGCAAAUUAGUUAAUAUAAUAUGGUGUCUUUGAGCUAUCACUCCAGCCAAACGUUUGUAUCCCACGAUCACACUUUCAGGUAUUGCUAGGGAAAGCAGAAGAAUUGACAAAAUGUCAUAGGACUUUGGAUUUUGAGUGUUCGGGUUGUAGUGCAGCAAUGUUUCAUUUAAGUUACUGGUUAGGCAAGGGAUUCACAUGUCCCAAUUUUAAUAGGUGCUGUUUUUCCUGGGUGAAAACAUCGACGCAUUGUCGGAAAGAACUGCAGAUGCUAGUUUAAAUCGAAGGUAGACACAAAAUGCUGGAGUAACUCAGCAGGACGGGCAGCAUUUCUGGAGAGAAGGAAUGGGUGACGUUUCGGGUCGAGACCCUUCUUCAGACUGGAGAAGGGUAUCGACGCAAAGUCACCCAUUCCUUCUCUCCAGAGAUGCUGCCUGUCCCGCUGAGUUACUCCAGCAUUUUGUGUCUACCUUCGCAUUGUCUACUGGGUUUGACUAAAGUUCUGUACAUAUAUUUGAAUGAAACUGCACACUGAACACAUUGUGACUCAGAAUAAUUGUUCAGCUAGGGCCAAUGUUGCUGUUGAUACUGCGUGUUACUGUGACCUGUUUGAUCUGAGGCGGUUGAUGCUUAUGAGCAAGGUAGUUAUUGUAUCAUUUUUCUUGUUACUGGCCACUAUAUGCAAAUAAAAAUGUGAUGCAGUAAA